CAACGAAUAUUGCAGGGCACGCUCGCUCGGUCUCAGCGCUUUCUCCACAAGGACACCACCCACCGCCUAGGGCUUGCCGAUUGGGCGAGCAUACAAGCAUGCAGCCGCCACUGACGCCGAUCGCCACGUCGCUCGACGAUGUCGGGGGGCUUGGCCUGAGCCUCGACAAGGCCGGCCUGGAAGACGACAACGACGACAGCGGAGCCGGGAGGCGCGAAGGAAAGGAACAAGAAUCAAUCGAAGACCUUGUCAAGGCAGCCUUUGUCACGGGUUACCAGAGCGCAGUCAGCUAUAGCGCCGAUGUCGAGUUUGGCGAGUUGCACAAGGGCACCCUGGGCCCCGAGCAGAUUGUCGGCCUGAUUGCAGAGGGCUACGCGCCAGAGGAGAUUGGCUACCAGAUUGCAAAACGGGACAGCCUCGUCGAGCAGUUUCGCCAGCUUGUGCUGACGAGCAUCAGAGACAUGGCCCUGGGCUACACGGUCUGCCAGCUCGCGGACCAGCUUCUCAACGUGGCGCCACUGUCGAGCGAUGCGAAAAAGGCCAGGCUGACAGCUGUCCGGAACCGCAUGGCCGAGAUGGACCGCGGCCCACUCACGACGACGACGCAGCUACCAAAGUACAACUACGAGGCAGUGUACGAGUACGUCGAGGCCGAGCUGCACAAUGGCGAGCUCGUCGGCGACCCAGCGUGGAUCAACGACGAAAAGAGGCGCAAGAAAAAGGGCGUGUCCUGGAGAGAUCGUCUGGUCAAGAGCAUCGCCAUGCUAGACCAGGCUUUUGACGAGGCCGUCAAGCAGCUCGACUGGACGGCACUUAUGGGGGCUGAUGUCGAUCUCCUUCGCGAUGCCAGGCCCGAGGAGUUCAGCGAUGCCGCCGUGCACAUCUUCCGGCAGAUCCCGGCGCAGGUCGCUCAGGGCCCAGCCCGACCAGAUGGUACCACCACCACCUCCGUCUCUGCCUCUUCUUCUAGCACACCCGGGCUCUCCGCCCAAACAAUUCGCACCGUCGGCCGUGCCUUUCGGACGGUGCUCCUCGACGGGUGCAAGGCUCGCGGCAACGAGCAUUUUGCGGCUGGCGAGUAUGUGCUGGCCGAGGACGCCUACCAGAAGGCCAUUCUCGGAGGCACCAACGACCCCGCUGCGGCCGUAAACCUCGCGCAGGUCCUGCUCAAGCUGGAAAAAUUCCGAUAUGCAGAGAACGCGGCGACGAUCGGCCUCUAUCAGAUCGAGGCUGCGUCAGGCGGCUUGCAGCAUGGCGCCUCGGCAUCCUCGUCCUACUUUGGUACCAGCGAGGCCAGACAGCCGAGGCAGCACGAAGCCAGUCGAGCGUACCGAGGCACUGACGUCGAGCUGUUGGCGCUCAAAUACAAGGCUUUGAUUCGACGAGGGCGCGCAAGGCGGGCCAUGCUUGAGCAGCUUGGCGGACUGAAGAGGGCCGAAGAGAUCGAAGAACGCACUGUAGAAGUCGACCUCGACCAAGAGGAGGAAAAGGACGAGAAGGAGCAAGCCGAAGAGAGAGGAAGGAUGUUGUUGGGCGCGAGGAGCGACUUUACCAAGGCCAUGCAUCUCGAUGCCAACGAUGAGGUUGCGCGUGCCGAGCUGGCGACUCUUGCUAUCGAUCCUCGCCAGCGCCGUCCCUCUGAGCAUGGGGCGCAUGGCCUCGCCUUAGCAAGCCAUACCGAUGCGACUGGAGAGUCCUCAUCCUCUCCUCCUUCGUUCUCAUCUCUUCUCCAACGAGGCGGCAGCGAGCCGGCAAUACCGAGCUCGAGCCUUCUGUGAUUCGUUUUCCCUUUGCACCCCUGUACAUUUUUUUUCUUUACCAGUCAUCAUUACCAGUCAUCAGCCUCAGAAUAAUGGGC